CUAUUUUAUGUUUGGCAUCUAGAAAUCCAUUUAGCUUUAAAUUAUCAAUAAACAGGCUUUUUUAUUCUUCUAUUAACACAGUUCAAACAGGGAUAAAAGAGUACAUGUUGUAUCUACAUGAAAAUGAGCUCUCAAAAUUUCUUGUCUGCUUGGAUUUUUCUCAUGGUUUGGUCCUUGAUUGUAGCAGUCAUCAAAGUGUAAUGGACUUAUUGAAAUGUACCAAUCUUCAUACACUGAAGUGUCCAAUCCAGUCAGUUGAUACAUCAAUAAUUUUAAGCCUGAGCAAGAAGAAGCUAAUGAACUUGUAUCUGGUCAAUGAUGAUUAUACACAAAAUAGCGGCUUUUAUGAAAAACUGUUUUUGGAUUGGCAGAAAAUUAGGAAGGAUUUGCCCGAAAGCAAGAAAGAAAUAUUCAAUGUACACUACAUUUUCAAAAACCGAGCCAUGUGCCAUGAAGACUUGCACCCUAAUCCAUUUCUCAAAUCUCUGAUAUUUGACAACCUUUCCAGUAACAUUUCUGCCAAGCUGCUCCACAACAUUGCAGACUUGUAUGGUGCCACAUUGCAGAAUUUAGCUUUUUGCAGCCACUAUUGGGAGUUUCUGAUGCACUUUUCAGAUCUUGGCAAAAUUAAUGAAAGUUUUAAAUACUUAGGUAAAAACUGUGUACAGCUGAAAUCAUUUUUAUCUUGUUUGUCACUUCCAUCUUCUGCGCUUGUAACUUUAGUCAAGACGUCCAGAAAGAUGUCAACAGUUCAAGUAUUUAAAGAGAACAUUAGUUUGGCACCAUCUGACAAACCCGAAGGCGUUUUUAAACACAAAAUGGCCCAGGAAUUAGGAAUACCUCAUUGGGAUAUGAUUAAAAAGGGUGCUAACAUUUUCAAAAUUCCUAAUGCUGAUUGCAGACUUUUGUUUGCAAAUUGUUUCAAUGAAUUUUAAUACUUUUGAGAGCAAAAUUAAACUACAAUUGCUAAGCACUUUUAUGUAUCGAGAGAGUGUCAUGACUUAAAACUUUAAUGUUUUAACAUCUACAUAAAAUAAAUAAAUAAGUGAUCAUUUUUCUUGCAUCUUGCGUGGCA